UGAAGGUGGGGCCAUAUGCCAACUUUGUGAGAUGCAGCUACCUCACGGUGACAUGACGGCAACAAACAAACUGGUUUACCUGAUACCUUUUCUCUUAAUUGAGCCAAAUAGGGAACUGUGAAAAAACAGUAAACUGCAACUAUAGCUUUACAGCCGAGUUUGGGAGCACGUGGGUUGUAUUCAAAUGACUUUAAACAAAUUAUGUUUGAGUUCUGUUUUAUUGGAACCUAAUUUCUUUUUCUUUCAAAGCCACAGCUGCACUGUGCGUGGUUUCCUGGCCUUUGAAAAACAUUUGACAUCUGCUACAGAUGCUCGAUUAAUGUGUCGGUGCACACAUCCAAAGCUUCCUGUUUGACAGUUUCAGACCCGUCGACACUACGCACAAAGAAUCGUGUGGAUUCAAAAUGCUUCUCCUUCUGAGUUGUUGGAUUAUUGCAGAUUUCCUAUCAGGGAUCACAGCAGUGAGCCAUUCAAUGAGGCACUACCGGAUGAAAAACAGCUCAUUAUGUCUACAAGUUGUAAAAUCGCCACCAUAUAAAUAUGUUCAGUGGAGUUUUAAUGAGAAAGUAAUUGUUAUUGAGAAAAACGUCACACCCAUGUUCAAAGACAAAGUGGUUUAUAGUCCAGAGAACCACUCCCUGUGUAUCAGAAAACUGAAUGAGCUGGAUGCUGGCAUCUAUAAGGUGUCAAUCGCUGAUUCUGAGUUUGAUUUAUCAACGGAGACCCACAGACUGAUUAUUCAAGAAAGCAUUCCGACACCUGUCAUCAGGAUGUCAGUAAUGUACUCCAACCGAUCUGCCAAAUUCUGCAACAUCACGGUCAACUGCUCCAUCCAGGACGAGUGGCUGUGGUCCAUCUGUGAUGAAGACAGCUGCAGAACAUCUCAGAGAUCAUUCAGCAAGGUCAACAUCACCAUCGCCACCGUCAACACGUCUGUUGUCUGCAGCGGCAACAACCACGUCAGCAAGAGCAGUGUUUCUGAAAGCUUAGAGGCGACGUGUUUUAAUAAAUCUAAUACUGAGCAAGAAGCACAAUCACAACUAGGCACUGCAAUAAUAAUAUUAAUAGUUGGUGUAGGGUGUGUAUCCCUCUCUGUAUUAAUUGCCUAUAUGGCUAAGUCCCACCGUGCAAGAGAAUGUAGUUGCUAUCAGGUGCAGACAUUACCGAAUCAGUCAAUAGAAAGCCAACCACAACCUCGGUCAAGAGUCUCUGUCUCUUCUGCCAGUGAGGGUGAGGCCUCUUAUGAAAAUGUGGAUGUCACACAGCCCAGCCAGACCAGCAACCCAAGACAGGAGUUGGGGUCCUUGCAAAGUCAGAAUGCAGAUACUGUCUACAGCUUUUUGCAGCCACCAAAUGCAUCUGCUGCCAAGAGUGACAACAGUAACCAUGCAAAAGGGCAACUGAAUGCGCAAGAGGCAUCGGCUUCACACUCUGUCACCCUGGAUGUGGCAGAGCAGCCUCCGCCAGUUGACACGGUGUACUGUGUAGUGCGAAAGCCACUAAAUAUGAAGUCACAGCACCACCUGUAGGUAAAACAAGAUUUUCAGUAGCCAAAGAGGUGAAUGUGGAAAGUGAAAGAAGGCUGUUGGAGAGCAGUCUCUGAACGCCACAAUGAUGAUAUGGACAUUCAUGCAAUGUUUACACAUAUUUAUGCAAUUAUUUUGUACAGUGUUUUGGGACUGUGGUUUGUGUUUUCUUUCAGAGGAGAUGCUGUGUAUAUUUUUAUUAAAAAAAGCCAACUGCAAAAACAGGAACUGAUUCGUAUCUA